GUAGCCCAACAAAUACAAAACGAUGCGUUUGGCAAUCGUCGUGUCCAUUGUUAUUUCGACACCGAAAUCGAAUCCCGAUUCCGAGAGAGAGAGAGAGAGAUAGCGGAAGACGAUGGCUUUGACGGUGGCGAAGAGUGCGUUGGAGGCGAUUAGAGAGAAAGGUCUCGGCGGUUUAAUGAGGAUGAUCCGAGAAGAAGGCUUCCUGAGAUGCCUACCAGAUGGGAACCUUUUGCAAACUAAAAUACACAACAUAGGAGCAACACUUGUUGGUGUUGACAAGUUCGGUAACAAAUACUACCAGAAGCUGGGCGAUACUCAAUACGGUAGGCACAGAUGGGUAGAGUAUGCUUCAAAGGAUCGUUACAAUGCAUCUCAAGUGCCAGCUGAAUGGCACGGGUGGCUUCAUUUCAUCACUGAUCACACUGGAGAUGAGCUCUUGAGUUUGAAACCAAAAAGGUAUGGGCUUGAGCAUAAAGAGAACUUCUCUGGAGAAGGUGAUGCAUACAUCUACCAUUCGAAGGGACAUACCUUGAACCCGGGACAAAAGAACUGGACUCGGUACCAAUCAUGGGUACCCACCAAGACUCAGUAAGGAGAUGAUAUUUUGGUUUAUGUUCUGUGAGAUUUUCUCUUGAGUGAUUUGUUUGUUUCUGUGUCUUUUUAAUAAAAGCUAUCUUGGAUCUAAAGCUGAACAAUUGUUUUUUUUUGGAAUUUUAAUUGAGACUGUAAUAAUUUGCUGAUAAUUAAGCUUGUUGUUUCUUCACCU